AUGUCGAUCACAGCUUUGUCAUUUCUUCUCUUUUUGUCGACUGCCUUGGUGACGUGUAACCCGAAUCCAUUGGCAGGUUCUCUCACGAAGCGUUCAGCGCGACCUGGACUAGCACUGAAUGCAAACUGGGACGGGACCAGCUAUAAAUGCGCACCUGGCUCCAACCCCACCACGUUCGACAAAUUCUGUUGUCCAGAUGGUUACUCGCUGAACACGGACGCGAACACAUUUACGAGCUUGAUCUGUUGCCCUACAGGCACGGACUGCCGAGCCGAAGUGCUGGCAUGCCCGAGAUGUGCGGACUCAGACUGGACUUAUUGGGAUAUCAACGGCACAAACGUACCGCCGGAGCUACCUUUCUGCUGUCAGAACGGUUGGGGUCCUGGACAGUUGAAUGAGCCCGACCCCGCAAACGUGUGCACUACAGGAGGAAACAAAUGGACUGACUACCUGACGGCUUCUCAAUGUGGUGGAGCUGCAGCUGCUACUGACAGUGCAGCGACGGCGACGGCAACAGGAUCGGGAGCGACUGCAAGCAUGACAGGUUCUGGAGGUGCUUCCGCAACCAAGAGUGCGACGCAGACAGCCGCGACAGCAAGCUCGACUCCCAGUGCUGCUUCAGGCAACGGUGCCAGUUCUAGCGUGAGCUUGUCGGGGUCAUCUAGCUUUGCCUUGUUUGUAGUGAUGCUGUUGCCCGGUGUAGCGAUGUUGAUUGUAUAA